CACACUUUACUUUCAACACCUGCUGUUAUGUCCUCGCUUGGACUCGGGCGAAGGCAGCAUGAGGUUGACUGAAGGAAAUUGGGCCAGAAUCGUACGGCCGACGGUUUUGAGACGAGAUUGAAUUACUGAUGGAUGAGCGGGGCUGCACAAGGGCUUCAUGUAGAAUUUUGUUGAAUCGAAGGACACGGAUGGAGGGCAUAUAUGAUUCUUUUUACCGCGCGGUUUCGACAGUGUGGUGAGGGUAAGGAGCUGCUGCUGCUCACAUCGAUUUGAUAGACGAAGCUUGAAUUUCAGCCGUGAUUGUGUCGAGGUGGGCAUCAUGUGGGUGGUGCGAAAGGAGGACGAGGGCGCUGCUCGAUCGCAGCAGCAGCCUUUGGUAACUUUGCAGAAGUUAGGGCGUGUUUACGUUAUGACGCUCAUCGGCGAUGGAGAGCACCGACUUGACGAAACUUUGAUGGAAAAAAUGAUCGCAGCGCUGAACGCAGUCCAAUUGGAUGAGGACGCUGCAGCUCUGGUAACCACCAACGAGGGAAGGUUCUACAGCAACGGGUUCAACUUGAAUUGGAUUAGAGAAGAACAGAAGAAGGCAAAAUCAUCAAACUUGUUCGGGCGUUUGUUAGCUACGUUGAUCGGCAUGUCUGUUCCGACCAUAGCUGCCAUCUGUGGGCACGCGAGUGCAGGAGGGCUCAUAUUGGCCAUGGCUCAUGACCACAGGUUCAUGGCCAGCGAUCGGGGCUUUUUGUACAUGAGUGAGAUGGACGUGCAGGUGCGAAUCUCCACGGGUAUUUUGAAUCUGUUGAGAGCUUCAAUGAGUCCCAAAGCUUUCAAGGACAAUAUCCUGCUUGCCAAGAAGCAGAAAGCUUCGGAUGCGCAAGCUCUAGGAAUCGUGGACUCCGUGCAUGAAAACGCUUCUGCUACUCUCCAGGCUGCUAUCAACUUUGCCACCGAGCUUACUCAAAGGAAUUGGAAUCGAACUUUCUACAGAACCAUGCGAUUGGACUUGAAGCCCGGCCUACUCGAUUCUUUGUUGAACGUAGAACGUCAGCAUUAUGUCACGCACAGGUCGAAGAUUUAAGUUCUUAUUAAGAGCUCCUUCCGGUUGUACGUGUGUACACACGUACAACCGAAAUGAAUGGAGGAUCAAUGUAUACACUCAUGCUAUGUAUGCACUUUUUACCAUUAGCAUUACCAGCUACUUGGAAUUCUAGCUGGUUUCUGGACAGGAGGCACAGAUGCGGACCACAUUCCUGGUCUUAUGAACUACCGACAUUCCCAUCCGUCGACUACGAAGGGAUAGGUUCCGAGGUUCUUGACUUGCUUACUUUCAGUGACAGGUGUGAUAGUUGGCGAGAGUGAAUGCAUCAAUCUUAAUCACGUUUCGUAGUAAAUAAGACACAGUAGAUAUUACAUACAUUAUGAUCUUCCUAGGGGCCAUAAUUUUCUCUUGGAAAGCUUCCGCUCAAUACAUGGGUAGAGAAAAAUGACUACUAUCGAUGUACUCGGAGUAAACAUGUGUAAAUGUUAGAAACUCUUCUAUUUCCAGAUCAAUUUGCUUUACGAAGCCCCGCAUUAAUUGCAAAAUAC